AUGCAUCAGUCUCACCUUAUCUCAUCUUCUAUCCCCUCAGCCCGAAACACCCUGCAGCAAGCCGCCGCUAAAGACGCCUUAUUCGACGAGUGCAUGGAGCCACAUGCGAGGAGCGAGGCACCCCGCUUUGUUCAGCUCUUGAAUGUUGGUUGCGACAUGAGGAAUGCGCUGAGGGUGACAAGUGUACAGCUGGGACAGCGGAUGGGUGAACGGUACAGCUUGCAUUAUGGGUCUGUUGAGCAGGUGGGAUUUGGAUACGAGGUUAGGAAUGAGAUUUGA